CUAAGAUAGUGCACAAAAGAAAGAAAAAAAACAGCAAAAGCAGAGUGGGAGAGAGUAACACUAAUGGGAGAGGAAGAAAAGAAAACAGAGGAACCAAAAACAGAGGAACCAAAAACUGAAGAAGAAACUAAGCCAGAGGAAAAACCAGAAGAACCAAAAGAUGAAGCUGCUCCACCACCACCGCCACCAUCAGAGAUUGUGCUGAAAGUAUUCAUGCAUUGUGAAGGCUGUGCUCGGAAAGUUCGUCGUUCGUUGAAAGAUUUUCCAGGUGUUGAAGAUGUGAUAACAGAUUGCAAAUCUCAUACUGUAGUUGUGAAAGGAGAGAAAGCUGAUCCAUUGAAAGUUGUUGAGAGAAUUCAGAAAAAGAGUCAUAGAAAGGUUGAAAUUCUUUCCCCAAUUCCAAAUCCACCUGAGGCGGAGAAGAUUGUAGAGGAAGAAAAGCCUGCACCUGAACAAGACAAGAAAGAAGAGGCUCAGAUUGUAAGUGUUGUUCUUAAAGUUCACAUGCAUUGUGAAGCUUGUGCACUAGAGAUGAAGAAACGUAUACUGAAAAUGAAGGGCGUGGAAUCUGUGGAGACGGAUCUGAAGAAUUCGGAGGUGAGCGUCAAGGGGAUGUAUGAUCCAGCAAGGUUGGUUGAAUACAUGUACAAGCGAUUCGGGAAGCAUUCAGUGAUCAUGAAGGAAGAGAAAGCGGAGGAAGAAGCAAAACCCGAGGAAGAGAAAAAAGAAGAGACGGUUGAAGAAGUGAAGGCGGAGGAGGAGAAGAAAGGAGAAGAAGAGACCGAGGCCAAACCACAAGAUGAAGGUGCUGCUGCUAUAGAAGAAGAGACUAAGGUGGAGGAUGAGCUGAAGAAAAUUGAAUACUACUAUAAUCCACCAAUGGAUUUGUAUGCAUAUCCAGCAGCAGCAAUGGCAUAUCCUGCAUACCCUCCUGCUUACUAUCAAGCAUAUCCGCCACCAGCGCCUCAGAUGUUCAGCGAUGAGAAUCCAAACGCCUGCAGCGUCAUGUGAAGUUACAAAUUAAUUUGAGAAAAUUUAGCUAGUCCUAUUUUGUUUUUGCCAUCCUUUUUCAAUUCCUGCUAAAUAGUAUACAAAAGUUAGAGUAUACUUGCACAUGAACCGUAUAAUUUUCAGUUUUCGUAAGAUUUGUAUACUUUCUGUUGAA